UGCACAAUUUUUAUCAAACACAAAGCUUAAGCUUACGCGCUCCCUUGAAGCAAUAUUCCUUUGGUUCUCGCUCUCCUUCGACCCCUUUCUCUGUCUAAAUCUCUCUAACCAGAGAGGCAGAUUGGAGGAGGCGAGGAGAGGUACAAAGCAUUCGUUGCUUUGAGCCCGUUUAACGUAGUCUCAGACUGGUUAUCCGAUUGUCUGGUGAUUUUUUUAUACACGCACAUUUAAGUGAUCGAGUGUUUUUGUGUGGGUAUAUAACAUAAUGGGGAGAAAGAGGGAAUUAUCUGAGUUGAAUAAAUGGUUUGUAUGGCUGAGAAGGCAGCCGACGAGGGUGAAAAUAAUUAUAGGAUUAACUUUUAUGAUUUCCACAUUGGUGGUGCUUAAUAUGUUCAUCGAGGAUCAUAAUCACUUCUUUAUCGCCUCUGAAACGAUUCAUGCUGCUGGUAUUCUGGUUUUGAUUUACAAGCUCAACACGAAAAAAAAUUGCUCAGGCCUGUCACUGAAGACUCAGGAGCUUACCGCGAUUUUCACAGCUGUACGAUUGGGUUGUAGUUUUUUCAUGGAAGGCGACAUUCACACCCUUCUUGAUUCGAUAACACUUGUUUUCACAAUGUGGGUUAUUUACAUGAUGAGGUUUAAGCUGCAGUCUACUUACAUGGCUGAGCUAGACAACUUCCCCCAUGCCUAUGUGUUGUUGCCUUGUGUUGUGCUAAGCAUACUUGUGCAUCCGUAUACAAAUCAUUACCUAUUUAGUCGAAUUCUGUGGGCUUUCUGGGUGUACCUCGAGUCUAUUUCCGUGCUGCCACAGCUUCUGAUGAUGCAAAAAAUAAGGGUGCUUGAACCAUUUACUACCCAUUACGUGUUUGCACUAGGCAUUGCUCAAUUUAUGGGAUCCGCCCAUUGGAUGAUCUCGGUUUAUGAUACUGCCGGAAAGUAUCUGUACUUGCUGGGAAGCGGAUAUUUUUGGCUUCCGAUGGUCCUGCUAACCGAAAUUGUUCAAACUUUCAUCUUGGCGGACUUUUGUUAUUACUACGUAAAAAGUGUUUGGAAUGGGCAUCUUCUAGUCAGCCUGCCUCGUCCUCGUGUUUGAUAUAAUUUGUUAUUUACAACAGUAUUAAAUGUGUAACAAUUAGAUUACAGAUUUUUGAUUGUCUUUACAAUUUUGUAAAGUGCCAAGAACUAGAUGCUUUCAUUUUGUUGUUUAAUCAAUUUGUUCUGUAUUCUUGCUGUAUGAUCCAUUUGGUUUAAUGGAACUUAACAUAUAGUAGUCAGCUACUUUGAUUUUGAA